AUUCACGGAAGGGAGAGGGCGGUAUUGGUAAACGCUGUCGCAAUGGCAAGGUUGGAUCGCAAGAAGCUGCGGAUGAACUUACUUGCACUUACAACUUGCUUACGAAAACGGUUCUGAUGAACUAUGUGGAGAAAACUGAAGUACCUCAUCCUGAUCUCAUUCAUCUGGAUUGGCGGAGUCUGCUACUUCGUGCUGAAGCGAUGGGAAAAUGACAAGGACACAGAAAACCAUGCCCUUCGUCUCAAAGACACGCCAUCAGGGAGCUCCCUCAUGAGGCAGUUCACAGACGGUCAAGUGUCAUGGAAGUACUUCGAUGAAAAAGCCUACAUCUCCAAAUCUCAACUCGGUGCCUCGGCUGACGCGUACGAACGCAACAAGUUCAAUCAGCAGGCAAGCGAUGCGUUGCCUAGCAACCGUGUCAUCCCAGACACGAGGAAUCCGCAGUGUGCAAACCAACGCUUCGACGAGCAAGACCUCCCGCCUACUAGCGUCAUAAUAACGUUCCAUAAUGAGGCAAGGUCAGCGCUACUGAGAACAGUAGUGAGCGUUUUGAACCGCAGCCCACCGCACCUGAUACAGGAGAUUAUUUUAGUGGACGACUUUAGUGACGAUCCUUCCGAUGGCCAGGAGCUCACAAGCAUACAGAAAGUUCGCAUCAUAAGGAACAACAAAAGGGAAGGCCUAGUACGGUCACGGGUGAGAGGUGCAGAUGCUGCAGUAGCUCCAGUGUUGACUUUCUUGGACAGUCACUGUGAAUGCAACGUCAACUGGCUCCAGCCUUUGCUGCAAAGAGUCAAAGAGGAUCACCGAAGAGUGGUCUGUCCUGUGAUAGAUGUUAUUAACAUGGACCAUUUCAAGUAUUAUGGAGCUUCAGCAGAUUUAAGAGGAGGAUUUGAUUGGAACCUUGUUUUCAAGUGGGAAUUCCUUUCAAACGAUGACCGGCAGCAGAGGGCCAUCAAUCCCACACUGCCAAUCAGAACGCCAAUGAUAGCUGGAGGGCUCUUUGUCAUGAACCGCGAAUAUUUCAAUAAGCUCGGAAAAUACGACACCAUGAUGGACAUUUGGGGUGGAGAAAACCUGGAGAUCUCGUUUCGUGUGUGGCAAUGUGGAGGUCAACUGGAGAUUAUCCCGUGCAGCCGUGUGGGACACGUGUUUCGGAAGCAGCACCCCUACUCUUUCCCCGGGGGGAGUGGCAAUGUAUUUGCUAGGAACACACGGAGAGCAGCUGAAGUGUGGAUGGACGAGUACAAAAAGUAUUACUAUGCAACUGUCCCGGUUGCCAGGAAUGUCCCCAUGGGCAGCGUUCGGGAGAGAACGGAGCUCCGCAAGCGGCUGAAGUGCCAUUCUUUCAAGUGGUACCUGGAAAACGUGUAUCCAGAGCUCAAGGUUCCUUCUGGUGGGCACACUGGAGCCUUUCGUCAAGGGAGGCAGUGCCUCGACACCCUCGGUGGAGGAGAGGGCUUCCACAUAGGCCACUUUGCCUGCCAUGGAGCAGGCGGCAACCAGGAAUGGACCGUGAACGAUGACCACAUAGCGCACGGCAGGUACUGUCUAAGUAUCGACCAUUCGUCUGCCGGGAGUCCCGUGCUCCUCAGGUCGUGUCGGGGUGACGAAUCACAGAAAUGGACCUGGAAGAACCAACAGAUUAAACACCUUAAUCACAACUUGUGUUUGGACAGUGAUAGAGGUGACAUUGCAGCCCAGCCUUGCCAAAAAGAACGUUCCUCUCAACAGUGGCAGCUCGUUAGUUGACAGCACUCUGCUCACAGUGUAGAGUGAUCGCGUUCAGUGUGCGAUCACCCGCGACGCCAGCUCCAAGUUACUCACUCGCAUCAUCCCGUGACAUCAUCAACGACAUCAUCGACGUGAAUGCCUUGCACAAGUUGUGCAGAAGAUCUUACAGCAAGAGGAUGCAAGCAAAAUAGUGCGCUUUUCCAUUUCACCGUUGUUCAGGUCUUUGAGAGGAAGAGAGAGAGCAGCAUCAGUGAAGUGAAACACACCACACUGGUGUCUCUUGGUUUACAACAAACACCACCAUUUGUGGAUGUUGGGCUUGUGUUAUUUCAUAAUGGCCAAGGGAUUGUCAAGCUUACAAGCCCUUAUCAUUCAAAAACCAACUGAAUUCAACAGACACUGCACAGAACGUCGGUGGAGCUAAAUCUGCGGGAGAGCCACCAAAGUGAGGGAUGCCGAGGCUACAUACUUUUGUGGCGCAAAAGAAUGCAUACGUAUUUAUGAAAAAUGCAAUAUCCGUGUUUAGUUAGUAAGUGGCUUUCUCUGUCUACAUCUCCAAACGUAACCAACACCAGGUCACUCCUUGAGGAACAUCACAUCUCCAAAAAGAAAAUGUUCAUAUAUCCAUACUUGUAUGUUGCUUCAAAUACCAUGGCCUAGUCAUCCGAGUACUUAAGUGCUACUGUCUCUGUGUACCAGCAACAACUUGUACCGUCAACUUCUGGUUAUCCUGCGAGAGUAAUCAUUGGACCCAGAAUAACAAUGCUUCAGGUCCACGUUAUUGUUGGGAAUAUUUGUAUGAAGUCUCAUUGUGCACCGCAUCAGGUUGAUUUUGUACUCUAAGCACAGACCUGUCCGAGGUAAGCAGGCAUAAAAUUUAGACAAUAUAUUUCUACUUCUGUUCUUUCAAUCUUGCACAAGUAUUACAGUGCCAGUCAUGCUGUGCAUUAAGUUAUUUUCGUGUCACAAGUUCCCUCUAUUCAGUUUACUCAAAAUACUGAGCCUGUUUUUUUUUCUUUUUUUUCUAUUAUUAUUUGUCCUCUGUGCAAUGUUUUGUAUUGAAAAGUGGAAGGCUUAUAUACUGCCAAGGAUUGUGUGCCGAUUUUAACAGUACUUGUUUAAGAGGUGCUGUUCCAAUGUUUCUGGUGUAUUAAUGAGUAUGAGUAACGCGGUUGCGACACUUUGCCCAAAAAUGUAAUGACCGUGACUGACACAGGUCAGUUUUACGGCAACUGGCCCUAAGAAACGUGACAAAAGUCUGCACUGCAGAUGCCGAAACCGAUCCGACAGUGACAUCACGGCGCGCAGCCACACCAACUGAGUUUUAGAAAACUGAGUUUUAGUUCUGAAAUGAGUUGUGGGAGUGAUCAUGUGCUUAUGACAACUAGUAGGCGUGGCGGAGGCUUUCGCUGUUUCCUCAAUUCUUUGUUGUGCAUCAAUCAAUCAAUCAAAUCUACCAAAGUGUCGCAACCCCUUUAGAAUAAGCAACCAACCCAGUUAGAUAAAAGGUACGUCAGUGGAGAGAAGCUGAGUGUUACUUGUCUUCACGUCAGAACUGUCGUCGUUAUGCUCAAAGCCAAAGAGACGUGCAACUGCAGCACUUACCAGAGUUCACUCGUCUUCCAUAAGAGAAAAAGAAGUGGCUGUACCUCCGUGUAUGGUUUGGCACAAUGUUAGCCCGAUUUCCCGAUGCGGUGAAAUACGGGCACCAGUUACAUAUCACAAGUUUCGCACUGCAAGGAGGUGCAGUGUUGCCACUAACGUAAAGAGCUCCAGAAGCUGCUUUUCGAUUCUCGCUAUUGAUAAUUUGUGACUGUGUGUCGCGAGUCAGCCAUGAUCAUGGGCGGCGCUACGGUGGUAAUUCUCAUUAUUGACUGACUGGAUUUGACAUCGCUACGUACUUCUGAAUGACAUCAAAUAAAACUGCUGGAGAGCA